AUUCAGAUUCAGCCUGGACCACUUUUCUCGAUGACAAUUCUGAGUUAGCGGAUGUGUCAACCGAGUUCAGCAUCCAACGCUCGUUGGAAUUGGCCUGGGGCAGAUGGAGAAGCUCACCACGGUACAACAGCAAAGGCUCUGAGCGCACACACACAGACACAUUGGGCGACACAGACGAAGCCUCUGAUAGCGUCAAGAAACUGUCUAUGCGUUGCCACAGUGAAUCCAUGGUAUCCCUCGGCACGCGCUACCGCCAGUCCAGCCCAUCUAGCGCCUCCUCGUUCCGGAAUGGCUCAAUGCCGAAUACCAGGACAGGGUCCCCAUUACAAUCCAAAGUGCGGCCCAGGACAUCCUUGUCAGGUGCACUUGUUAGCCGCAUGGCUGGUACACACAAGCGACCACAAAAGGCCUAUCGGGUGCCAAGGGCUCUGGAACAUGUUGCGAGGAGUGGUACCGUCGUAGGGAGUGGGAGUGGGUCUGGUCUCCAUGGCAACCACGCCAGAUCCGCUUCCGGCCCAGACAGCCAAUGCCACACGCUCACUGGGACUGCGCAUACAACCCAGCCCACGCAAUCGCAGACAGACUUGUUGGAGUGGGCCAACAGGGCUACAGACACAGACCAGGACUCACUGUCUGGGCAGUCGCAAGGCUCCGACAUCCCGGAUGCCCUGGAUUUGCACAAAUGGGUGACGGACAGUGCCGCCGCGAGUCCGCCUACGGAGUCGGAUAUGAGCCACAUCCGCCAAUCAGAUCUGGUUGUAGCGCCUGUUGCCAUGGCAACGCCAAAGGGGCCAAUUGGAGACGCGGUAGGUGAUGGUAUUAUCUAUGAGACGGUCGAGCCAGACACCGACACCACCGCCGUGUGCAAAACCGACUUACUUCCGAAUGGGGUGUGGGCACCCAGCCCAGAUGCGAAAGCCUCAGGAGGUGCCGUAACCAUGGCAACCAGUAAAACCCCGACGGUGGCCGAUAGGCGGAUGCCCUUCUCAAAAACGCGGCAGACCAUAGGCGCUGGUCACUUCCAAACAGGACACCGGUCACCACUGGGCAAACACCUGGAGACCCACAGGCGUACCAUCAUGGCCUCACCCAUUUUUCAGGACAAUAGGACGCCCGGUGUGCGCUCAGUGACCCAGUCCGCACCCUUCGCACCAAGUGCUGGCGCAAGGGCCACCAGGACACACAGUGGAUUAGGUGUAACAGGCACACACAGUGGAAUAAAUACAAGUACAACAGGCACACACAGUGGAAUAAGUAUAGGUACCACAGGCACACAUAGUGGUAUAAGUGUAUGUACAACAGGCACACACGGCACAUUAAGGGUUACAGGCACACACAGUGCACUCUCCAGUCCUCGAAGGAGUUCUGAUAUGUUACCCUCACGUCGCAGUAGCACUAUGGCGAUGGACCAGAAGGACUUUUGUAUACGCCAUAUGAACAACCCUACAGGCCAGGGCAAAAGGAGCCCUACGGCGACGCACCAGGUGGACUUCUGUAGGCGCCACAUCAGCAACCCCACAGACCAGGUCAAAAGCAGUCCUACGGCGACGCACCAGGAGGACUUCUGCAGGCGCCACAUCAGCAAUCCCACAGACCAGGCCAGAAGUCCCGAUGUUCGGGAUUUGUUCACGCGGCCACAGUCAGCGUCCACAUCGCGGACACUGCCGAGCGAGGAUGUGGCCAAGGAAGAAGCAGCCGUUAACAAUGCUUUAGAUGGGAAGAUUAAAAGUACAGCAGCCACGAAUAGGGCGCAUGGGAGGAGACUCUCGAGUGGUGCACAGCCGGCGGUAGGUAGGAGUGCGCGGGGGAGUAGGGGACAGCCGUCCAUGAAGUGUCGGAAGUGGAAUGGCUUAUGCAGGCAUGUAAGGCUGCAAACGAGUAGCUUAUGA